AUGUCUUGUGCGGCGGAUCCACGCGGGGUGCCGUCUCGCUCCGUCCAGCCGGCCGGCCGGCCAGUCACUAACACAACGACGCCCAGGAUCUUUGGACUUCUCAACUACUUCAUCUUCGCGACUCUCUCUUACAAAUUUAUCUUUGACAAGAAGACCUUUGACCACCCCAAGUUCCUCAAGAACCAGAUCCGCCUCGAGAUGAAGCAGGCCAACAAGGCCAUGCCCGUCAUGGCCGUCUGCACCGCCCUCACCUUCGUCGCCGAGGUCCGCGGCUUCUGCAGGCUCUACGACGCCACCGAGGACGGCCCAGGCCGCUGGUACGACUGGGCGCAGUUCCCGCUCUUCAUCCUCUUCACCGACCUGUGCAUCUACUGGAUUCACCGCUGGCUGCACCUCCCGCUCGUCUACAAGCACCUCCACAAGCCGCAUCACAAAUGGAUCAUGCCUUCGCCGUACGCCAGCCACGCCUUCCACCCGCUCGACGGCUUCGCCCAGUCCGUCCCCUACCACGUCUACCCCAUGCUGUUCCCCCUGAACAAGCUGGCCUACGUGGCCCUGUUCAUCUUUAUCAACUUCUGGACCAUCCUCAUCCACGACGGUGAGUACAUCACCGACAACCCCGUCAUCAACGGCUCCGCGUGCCACACGGCCCACCACCUGUACUUCAACUACAACUACGGCCAGUUCACGACGCUCUGGGACCGUCUCGGGGGCAGCUACCGCAAGCCCGACCUCGCCUGGUUCAACAAGAAGACCAAGAUGUCUCGGGAGACGUGGGAGUCCAACAUGAGGGAGAUGGAGGACAUUCAGAAGGAAGUCGAGGGCGACGACGACCGCCAGUACGUCACCGCCGAGGCCAAAAAGAGGAACUGA